UCCCGGGGGUGCAGAUUUGGAAGCGGGACUUCCGGCGCGGGGAUUUCCGGUUUUUGAAAAUGGCGGCAAAUGUUGACAGUCCGAAGCGACGGAGUCUCCGCUCACAGGAUACGAAAGUGGACGCUGAGAACGGACCAGCCUCUUCCACCUCAGGGGCCCGGGGCCCCGCAGUGCCAAGGACUUCCGGUAAUGCGAAAAGCCUGUCUGCGGAGAAGAGGAGGGCAGGCACAGAGAGAAAGGAGGGGUCCCUGGGCAAGAGGAGAAGCGAAGAGAUACUCAGGAGGAAGCAACACCCCAUUAAAGGGACUCCUCAGGGGAAGAAUGAAACAGACCAGGAACCCAAUAACAGAGCGCCCUCCACAGGAAGGAAGGAGAAAAGAGACUCAAAGAGCGCGCACCCCAAGGGGCCCAACGCUGCGGAGAGCGCCCACCCCAAGGGGCCCAACGCUGCGGAGAGCGCGCACCCCAAGGGGCCCAACGCUGCGGAGAGCGCCCACCCCAAGGGGCCCAACGCUGCGGAGAGCGCCCACCCCAAGGUGCCCAACGCUGCAGACCGUGUACCCUCCAUGGAGCCCAAAAGUGCCUCUCAUUCUCCUGGAGGUGAUGACGUUAGAAGCCUACGAUCGCGGAGAAGCCAGGACAGCCCCAGUGUUAACAUUGCGGACAACCCCCAAGGUGCCACCUCCUCCCCCGCAACUAAUGCAUCCCUCAACAGAGAGACCAGAUCCAGCAAAGCUAAAAGCCAAGAGCAGCCUGAAGCCUCCGCUGCAGUAAGAGGACUGGGUGAAGGUGCAAUCUCAAGCAAAGACAAAGCACGCCUUGCUGAGCCCAGCUCUGAAAAAACACAAGGCUCUGAGGGCCCUGUUGAGAGCAGCGGCCAUGGAAGUAGCCUGCGACCAAGGAGAAGCCGUGACGGCUCCAGCAUUAACGGAGAGAACAGCUCCAGAGGAGCCGCCGCUGUAACUAGUGCCUCGCUGAAGAGAGAGACCAGAUCCAGUGCAGGAAGAAAGCAGGAGGGAUCUGAAGCCAUCAUGGGUAAAGGUGCCAUCUCAAGCAAAGAGAUAAUGGAAAAUGAAGACCUUGUGGAGCCCAACUCUCAAAAACAAGAGAACCCCGAUGAGAGCAGCAGUCGUAAUAGAAGCCUGCAAUCAACGAGAAGCCGUGAGGGCUCUGGCUUUAAUGCAGAGGAUGACCAUAAAGGAGCCACCCCAUCCACCGUAACUAGAACAUUGUCUAACAGAAAGACCAGAGCCAGAAAAACAAAGGACUUUGAGGAACCUGGAGUCUCCAUUGCAGUCAGCGGAGGAGGUGAUGGUUUAGACUCAAGCCAGCAGAAUGAAAACCAAGCCAAGGCCAACUCUCAACAUGGGAAAGGAUCUGAGGACCCUGGUGGGAGUAGUGGUCAUAAUAGAAGCUCACAACCAAAGGGAAACCUUAGUAGCACCAAUGUUAAUGUAGAGGACAGCUCCAGAGCAGCCGCUUUGUCCACUGGUACCAAUGCAUCAUUCACCAGAGAGACCAGAUCCAGUAAAGCAAUAGACUUUCAAGAGGAAAAAGGUUCUGGGGACUUUGGUGGGAGAAGCAGCCACAAUAGAAGCUUACAAAGACAGAGGAGCCCUGAGGUCUCCAGCAGUAAUGUACAGAACAGCUCCAGAGGACCCAGUUCUUCCACUGAAAGGUGUGAUUUAAUCAGCGGAGACGCUACGGGACAAAAAAUAUAUGAGAAAGCUGGACUUUCCACUGCUGCCAAUAAAAGUGACAGUGAUACACUUUUAAGUAAAGGAGACAGAGUAAUGAGGCCUAGCAACCAAAGUGAGGAGACCUUAGACAUCUCUGGUGGGGUUAGAAGUCCGGGUAAAAACUUAAGACCAAGGAGAAGCUGUGAUGGCUCUGGCAUCAGUGGUGGCAAUAGUGAGGCAAUACGAGGAGGUGAUGGUACACCUUCCAAAGAAAGGACUGGGAAAAGUGAACCCAUCACCCAGAGUGGGGACGUAUUGGGGAAUCCUAGGGGGCACAUCAGUCCCAGGAAAAACGUAACAAAAAAUAAAAAUCUUGAGGACCCUGUUGAUGAAAGGCAUCCUUCUAACUUGACCAUGGAGAGCAAUGCAGGAGAGGCUGCCAGAGACUAUAAAGUGCACUGUUGUUCCAAGCAGUUGCUACAGGAGAUGCUGGGGAUGUGCACUGGAAUCUGCAAAGAAAUUGUGGAUAGUCAGCAGUAUCUGAAUGAGGAACAGAAGCAGCAGCAUCACAAGAACUUGGUCUGGGACUUUGAAUCUGCCUUUCAAGAGAAUGUCAGCAUCAAUGGACGGUCAUGGCACGAGGCCCCAGAUAAAGACUCUGAACCUGACAUUAAAAUACUAGAAGACCAAUUGGAUGAAGCCAUAGUGGAGACUUCAAUGAAGAGAAAGAGAUAUCCAAGGAAGAUCCUGAGUCAUUUUGUCAAAGCAUUAAAAACGGAGCGUGAAAUCCUGAACCAGUACAAGCCUGUUGUGAAUCCAGAAAAGGUCAGGCUCGAUCCAGCACUUGAAUUGCGCAUGAAGGACCUCAGUGCUACAACUGCAACCGUUUGCCAUCACAUCCAUGAAACCAAAAAGGCAUUACCUGUUCAGUUGAAAAAGGCUGAAGGAUUCUGCGAAGUUCUCAGUCUCCAACCUGUAUUGGAGGAAUCGCACAUCCGAAAAGACAUUUUCUAUAGUCGUGUUGUGAUAGAGGACAUUUCAAAGAGCAUUCCGAAAAUCCUGGACACAACUCCCACUGAGAGCGAACCCCAAGACCUUGCCACACCGGUGCGCAGCCUCCGAAAACGGAAAAUCUCAUUACCACAGAGACAUUUAUACCCCUUACAGUCCAAGAGGAAAAUUAGCCUGGAAUCCUAAUUACACUUUACGCUGUUUUUUUUUAUCCUUGUUUAUAUCAAGCCUGGAGCUUCACUUUAUUUUAUUAACUUAUGUGUUCUUCUCAAUACUGGAUGACGAAAGAAAACCUGUCACCAUCCAUAAAAGAUUGAUAUGUUAUCUCAAA